GAUGAAAAACAAAACAUUGAUGGAGAACCAUUGGCUGAGAAAAAGCGCUUACUCCAGCUAUUACCCCACCCUGUGGGCCUAUGGAAUACUUCAACCUGCGGGUGGGGAGCUGGAACAAUCGCCAAGAAGCGGAAAGGUGGCAUAGUUAGAAGGAAUACAUAUUUUAUAAUGGAUGCUGGCAGUGGUUUUACCCUUCUGGCCGAUGAGAAGUUUGAUUUUGAUAUAUCUCUGUCUCCUAAAAGUGCUAAAGAAGACGAUGACUGUGAUGAAGUGUUUAUUGGACCAGUCAGCCACAAAGAGAAAUGUGUCAGUGCUGCCUUAGAGGGCCAGGAAUUGGAGGAAAAGACACCACCUCAGAAUAUUGAGCAGGGAGUCUGGAGUCCCCUAAGCGGUGAAAAAUUUGUUGAAAUUUUCAAAGAAGCUCACUUACUGGCACUACAGCUGGAAUGUUUUGCCAGUGGUGACCACAAAAAAGAGGAGCCACCACAGACUGUGCAAAAACCAGCAGUGGAGAAUUUUCUUCAGGAGUCCAAGACCAAACUAAACCUUUUUGACACAUUUAAUGAGGUCAAUAAAACACCUGUUGCUAUUAAAAGAGAGACUUAUUGUAUACAGGAUAGCCCAUUCCACCAGCUUCCUCCUUCAGUUCAACAGAGGUUUGCGGAGCUGAAAACAGGUGGUGACAAUAAAUCUGCUUUGGAAUCUCAAAACUGUGCCAACCCCCUGAAAGUACCAAAACUGGUCAAGAGUCACUUGGUCUCCCCUCAUUUACAGAAGGCUAAAACGAAACCAGUGAAAAGUAAUGCUCCUUUGCCGAACACUGGGAAAACUGUAAGCAAGCCUCAAAUUCUGAAAGCACCAGCUAUGUAUAUGAAAAAUACCCGGCUAACUGUGGAGAAGCCCAAAGGAGCUAAAAAAAUGAGUCCAAACGGAAGAAUUAAUGUCAGCAGUAUGGGUUCCACUGAGGACUUGCUUUCUGACAAGUCCAGUGUUGCAUCUGAUAUCAGUGAUUCCUCCUUCAAUAGCAGCAUUGUGAGCCAGAGCAAAAGGACCCUUCCAGUGCCCAACAAGCUUGGGUUACAGAAAAUGCAGUUCAAAACCCCAGCAGCGUCUGCAGCGGUCAGAAAGAACACCACCUCUUCAUCCUCUUCUCAGUCUAGCUUGAACUCCAGCAUAACUGUCUCUCCACCUGCUGCUAAUGCCAAAUUAAAUUCAUCUCUUAACACUUCCCUGAACACCUCAGUCACCAGCUCAAGACUGAAGCCAAGCACAAGCAGACUGGCACUUGUUCACCCUCUUGGGAUAUCUGCGUCUUUAAAAAGCACCAGUACUGAAUUGCCAAACAAUCAACUUAAACCAAGCACAUCCACGAAGAUAAAUGGCAACAAAUCUACUUCAGUCUCUGUUGCGGAACCACAGACAAAAGCUGGUAAAUUUCAAAGGCAGUCUUCUGCACCUAAUCUGCAAAGAUUGCAUCUACCAUCCAAACCAGGAAGUGUGGUAAAGGGACUAGGCACAAAACCCCAGGCAAAGGUGAUGCCUACACCAACAAACAAAUUGAAGCCUCCACAGAGGCAAGAAGGGUUCUCCCCUGACCGUGUUAUUGGAAAGCCCAUGAAACCAACAAGGUUACUGUCCUGUGGGGAAAUAGAAAGUGGCAUUGUACAGAGUACUCCAAUAGGAUCCACAAAAGGUAUGCUGCCUAAUUCCAGCUUAACAGGAAGAGGAAUAUCAAGUACUCCCAGCUCAAAACAUGUAUCAGGCUUGCCCACGCCACUCAGUCGUAGAACAUCUGGAAUUACAACGCCUAGAACUAUCCCAAGGUCAAUUUCGUCUCUACGACCUACAUCUGUUUUGCAAGCAUCUAUAAAAUCUACUACGAAACCUCUUGUUCGGCCUGCGGAGUUUGUAGAAACAAAGACCAAGGUCCCUCCAUCGUCGCCUUGUGAAGCCGACAGUGCGGUGUCUGCCAUUUGCUGUUCCUUAAACUUCUCCCCAGAAAAUAAAACCGUCUCUGUUGCACAAAGCGAGAAGCAACAGUCAAAGUCUGAUUCUCUACAAUCUGAGGUUUUACUGAUUGACAUUGAAGUGGAAAGUGCUGAUGCCAAAGUAAGGAAACCAUCAUCUAGUGGAAAUGAUAGUCAACCAUUAAUAGAUCUUUCCAACACGCCUGAAGUUAAUAAGAGGCUUGUUCCACUGAAACCAGCUUAUGUUGGGCAGUUGAUUGAUCUGAGUUCACCUCUUAUUAAGCUGAGUCCUGCAAUGAACAAAGAAAAUGUGGAACUGGAUUAUCCCCUCCUACAGUUUUAAAAUACUGUUUGUGGACACUAAUGGGGAUAGUGAUUCGGAAAUGAGUUUUAUUUAUAAGCUGCCUACAAAUGAAGAGAAGACUGUUCUGUAAAUACCUGCCUGAGAUCAUUGAAAACAUGGAUUCACUGGCUUGUUUUAUUGUUUCUUUUCUCAAAUUAUUUUUCUAUAGUGGUGAAUUUACUGGCUACAAGACUGUGGAAGAACCUUUUUGUUUUUUUCCCCCCUUAUGCAUAUAGAUACCGGUACUUUUAUUUAUUUUUGUCUUGAAAAUAAAUUGCAGAUUUCAGACCUAGCGUUUACUAGUUUGUUUUAAAUUGCAAUAUCUUAAAGAAAAGAAAAAAAUCUAACCUAUGGCUCCCCAUCACCAAGGGAUAUCUUUUUAUGUUGUGAGCCAGAGAAUAUUAUCCUUAACCUUAGUGAGUUAUGCCAACCAUGUACAAAGCUCUGGUUCUGUUCUGGUUAGAAAUACAUGUAUAAAAUGACCUGCUGCUUAAGUGUUUUCUUGUGUCAGUAACUGUACUUUAAAUGUUAUUUGUAUCAAGUAAAUGUUAAAAGAAUAAAAUGUAAAUAAAUACUACUUGAUUUUGA